CAACUCUACAACACAACAGAACCUCUCUCACUUUUCACAGCACAAUGGCCAAUUUGAAGCACGUGUUCAUGAUCACUUGCGUUCUUCUAUGCUUGGUUUAUCUCAAUGGAAUUGCUUCAGCUGAGGCGAGGGCACUGAAAAAGGAGCACGUGAUGGGAAUGGCUGCAGUGGAAGACAACAUUAAUCUCCUGUGGCGGCGCCGCAUGAUUGAAAACGUCGCAACAGCAACAAAAGCAACGUUAGAUUCUCCGAAUAAUGCUGGUCGUGAUGACAAAUGGAUCGAUGAUUUCCGACCAACGGAUCCUGGUCACAGCCCUGGUGCUGGUCAUUCUUCCCCUACACCAAAGCAAGCUUCUAACAAUGGUGCCACAAGGCCAUAGGUGUAUAUCAUUAUUCUCCUGCA